AUGCUUGCCUCGACAUUGGCCCGACGCACCGCCUUUGAAGUUAGCGGAAAGGCACUGAGAGCAGUGUCUACUUGGUCAGCUGUUCCAGCCGGUCCUCCCGAUCCCAUUCUCGGCGUCACCGAGGCCUUUAAAGCGGACAAGGACUCCCGCAAAAUCAACCUUGGUGUUGGUGCUUACCGCGACGAGCAUGGCAAGCCUUACGUUUUGACCAGUGUCAAGAAGGCUGAGCAAAUCUUGACCGCGUCCAAUCCUGACAAGGAGUACCUUCCUAUUACCGGUCUCCCCGAAUUCACGAAGGCUGCGGCUAAGCUCGCGUAUGGCUCAGAGAGCGUGCCGCUCCAAGAGGGCUCCAUCGCCGUCACCCAGUCCAUCUCGGGAACUGGUGCUCUCCGCAUCGGAGGUGCUUUCCUUGCUCGUCACUAUCCUCAUUCAAAAGUUAUCUAUCUUCCCGUACCUUCCUGGGGCAACCAUACUCCCAUCUUCCGGGACUCCGGCCUCGAGGUUCGUGGUUACAGGUAUUUCGACAAGAAAACCGUCGGCUUGGACUUUGAAGGCCUUAAGGCGGAUUUGAAGGCGGCUCCAGAGCAAUCCAUUAUUCUUUUGCACGCUUGCGCCCACAAUCCCACCGGUGUCGACCCCACGCCUGAACAAUGGGCUCAGAUUUCUGACAUCGUCAAGGAGAAGAAAUUAUUCCCCUUCUUUGACAUGGCAUACCAAGGCUUUGCGUCCGGCUCUACGACGCGCGAUGCAUUCGCUGUGCGCCACUUCGUUUCCCAAGGCCACCAAGUUGCUCUCGCCCAAUCCUUCGCCAAAAACAUGGGUCUCUAUGGCGAGCGUGUGGGUGCCUUCUCGCUGACUACUAGCGACGCGGCCGAACGCGCUCGCGUAGACAGCCAGUUGAAGAUUGUCAUUCGACCAAUGUACUCCAACCCUCCUCUGCACGGUGCUCGCAUUGCUAGCACCAUCCUGGGAAACCAAGAACUCUACGCUGAAUGGGAAGGCGAGGUCAAGGCCAUGGCCGACCGCAUCAUCGGCAUGCGAGAGAAACUCUACAACACCCUCACCUCUGACUUGAAAACCCCUGGAGAGUGGGGACACAUCAAGAGUCAGAUUGGCAUGUUCAGUUUCACUGGACUUUCGCCUCCUCAAACGAAAGCGUUGGCUGAGAAGGCCCACGUAUACAUGACCGCUGAUGGCCGUAUUUCCAUGGCUGGAUUGAACAGCGGUAACAUCGAAUACUUUGCGCAGAGUGUAGAUGCUGCUGUGAGGGGAAACCUUUAG